CAUCUCUUACUCAUAACAUAACAUCUUUCUCUCAACCCCAGCGUUGAGAAUAACAUAACCUCUCUCUACAUCUCUCUCAUCUGCUUCUUUGUUUUCUCUAUCCCAUGGUCAUGGGGGCUCAGCGUCGUUUCGAACCCAUCUCAAAAUGUAGCUCCGAGGGGCGUUCGAACCAGACGGUGGCAUCGGACCUAGACGGGACACUUCUCGUUUCACGAAGUGCUUUCCCCUACUUCUUGCUUGUUGCUCUUGAAGCCGGUAGCCUUCUAAGGGCGCUACUGCUUUUAGCAUCGGUUCCGUUCGUGUAUUUCAUCUACUUGUUUGUUUCGGAGUCUGUGGCAAUCCAGACCUUUAUCUUUAUUGCUUUCGCGGGGUUAAAAAUCAGGGAUAUUGAGCUUGUUUCAAGGUCUGUCCUGCCCAAGUUUUACGCCGAGGAUGUACACCCGGAGACUUGGAGAGUGUUCAAUUCCUUCGGGAAGCGAUACAUUAUUACUGCUAAUCCCAGAAUCAUGGUGGAACCAUUUGUCACGGCGUUUUUAGGGGCUGAUAAGGUUAUUGGGACUGAGUUGGAAGUGACAAAGUCGGGGAGGGCAACUGGGUUUGCAAAGAAACCAGGAGUUCUCGUUGGCGAUCACAAAAAAGCAGCCAUUUUAAAGGAAUUUGGCACCAGCAUGCCAGAUUUGGGUCUUGGAGAUCGAGAAACCGACCAUGAUUUCAUGUCGCUUUGCAGGGAAGGUUACAUGGUGCCAAGAACUAAAUGUGAGCCACUACCAAGAAACAAGUUAUUAAGCCCGGUUAUAUUCCAUGAUGGCCGAUUAUCUCAGAGACCCACUCCUCUGGUUGCCCUUUUGGCCUUUUCAUGGAUGCCAAUCGGUAUUGUUCUCUCCAUCCUCAGAGUCUACCUCAAUAUCCCUUUACCGGAGAGAAUUGUCUUCUACAAUUACAAGAUCCUAGGCAUUAAACUCACUGUUAAGGGCACUCCUCCCCCACCACCCAAGAAAGGUCAUGGGGGAGUGCUCUUUGUCUGCAACCAUCGUACAGUCUUAGACCCAGUUGUGAUAUCCGUUGCCCUAGGAAGAAAGAUCAGCUGUGUCACGUAUAGUAUAAGCAAAUUCUCAGAACUUAUUUCGCCAAUAAAGGCAGUUGCACUUUCAAGGGAAAGGGAGAGAGAUGCAGCAAACAUCAAACGCUUGCUUGAAGAUGGAGACCUAGUCAUUUGCCCCGAGGGAACCACUUGCAGAGAGCCAUUUCUGUUAAGAUUUAGUGCUCUUUUUGCUGAGCUUACGGAUAGGAUUGUCCCUGUUGCAAUCAACACAAAGCAAAAGGUGUUUUAUGGAACAACAGUUCGUGGGCACAAACUGCUGGAUCCUUACUUUGUGUUCAUGAAUCCAAGACCCACGUACGAGAUCACGUUCUUGAAUCAGCUCCCCUUGGAGCUGACUUGCAAAGGUGGGAAAUCAGCAAUCGAAGUUGCGAAUUACAUUCAAAGGGUAUUGGCUGGGACAUUGGGAUUUGAGUGCACGAACUUGACUAGGAAGGAUAAGUAUGCGAUACUCGCAGGAACAGAUGGCCUGGUUCCAUCUAAGAAGGAAAAGGCCUAGCUAACACAGGAAGAAAAAGCAAAUUAAUCAAUUAUUCCAUGAUGAUUGGCUGUAUUGUUUUUCUUCUAGUAAAUUUAAAAAUUUAUAAAAAAGGAAGGGGGGAGGGUUCAUCAUAGCAAUAAAAAUCGAUUGUGAUGGUCGUUGCAACAUAGCAAUAUUUAUGUUUUAAUUUAUGUAUAAUUAUAUUCGGAUUUAUACAAGAAAUAUUUAGUUUCUGCAA